AUGUGUAAAGAGAAUUCCUCAGAUACCACACCAAGGCUUCAGAAGCCAACGGAAGGUCAAAAGAAAAAAGUGCCUGUGAAAUCACCGAUAGCUAUGACAGACAGAAGAUCCGAGAUGUCACCUGUCUCCCCAAAGGAGUCCUGCGAGCAGGAUGACUCAGGGAAACUGGUGCCAGGGGACAGUGUUUGCUUGGCAAAAAAAGCUCCACAGGUCAGCAGCAUUCUGGCUUCCAGUGAUGGCUCUGCAAGGGAUGUCCCUGAGCAGAGAUCCAAGAGGAAAAGGGGACAAAGAAAAAGUAAACUGGACAGUAUCAAGACGGAUCCAGAAGCCAGUGUCACUCUUGCCUCCACUGAUGCCUCAGCAGGGGAUGUCCCUGUGCAGCGAACCAAAAGGAAGAGGGUCCACAGGACAAGGACACAUGUGGAUGUCAAAGCAGCUACCCAAGAGAGCAGCAUGCCGGCCUCCAGCACAGCCACCCCUGAAGCUGCUCCUGGAGCCACCUCAGAGCUCAAGUUCCCCAGGAGGGGGAAGAAGAGGAGCAUAUGGACUGUGGACCGUAUAGAGGGGACAAAACUCAGAAUGAUCAAGAAGAGAAGACCCAGCUACCGCCCUGAGGACCUCAAAGCCUUCUACCGAAUUCUGGAGGAUCCUGUGGUUCAGAAUUUCUUGGCAGCAGACAUUUUCUUCAGGGUGACUGACAAGUACCUGCUGUCUAUGGUGGUGGAGUAUUUUGGUCGAGUUGGGCUUCCUGGACAUCUCUACAACAGGAUCCACUUCUUCCUGGCCCUCUAUGUCGCCUGUGACAUGGAAGAGGAUGACCCCAUAUCCAAGAGGAGCAUCUUCCAAUUCUUGCUGGGCAGAGACACCUGGAAAGACUUAUACAAGGAUUUCCUGAAGCUGCAGAAGGAUUUCCUCCUAGCCAUGGAUUACCGAGCCUGGGUCACACCAGAGCAGUGUGUAGAGAUCCAGAACCAGAACCCACAGCACUGGGUCUGGAGCCGGGUGCGCCAGGGCACCCCUUAG